GAAGCGGAGCGACGCUGUUCGUCCGACAAAACUCUUGUUGUUCCGAUGUGACGGUCUGUAAACAGGACUACAUCAAAACACCGCCAUGGAAGCCCUGAAGCGAUGGAAGGUGUGUAGUAGUUUGUUGGGACUAGUUUAUUAAGUGCGAGCUAACGGUAGCGCACCAGGGAGCUCCAUGGCGUCUUCAGCGGGAGGCCGCGUCAGAGCCGCGGGACCCGGCGAGGGGCUUCCCUGCUCCAACAAGGCCGCCGGGCGGCCCGCUCUCCGCUGCCACCACCACCUCGGCGCCCCCGGGGGGGCUAUGGCGGAGUCGGUGGACGACGCGGAGGGUCUGUACGUAGCGGUGGAGCGGUGUCCCCUCUGCAACACGUCCAGGCGGAGGCUGACCUGCGCCCGCUGCGUCCAGACGGGAGACUUCGUCUACAUCGACGGGAGGAACCCGGAGAGGUACACUGAGAAACUGGAGAGGCUGAAAAAGCUGAAAGAUGAGAAGGAACAGCUUCAACAAAGGGUCAUCACAGCCAUGGACAAGAAGCUACAGGCCGAUCAGAUGAAAUGGAAGAUCAUGUCCUGUAGGAUGAAGAUCGAGCAGCUGAAGGAGGCGAUCUCGUGGGGCUGUGAGGAGGUGAAGACCGGUAAGGAGCUGCUCCUCCGCUCUCAGGAGGAGAGCCAGAGGCUGCAGCGGCGAGCUGGACGGCACCAGGAGAAACGGGACAAGAUGGAGCGCCACAUCCAGCGUCUUGGGGAGGUCCUGGAAAAGAGAGGCCGCGACCUACAGGCCCGUCUGGAUCAACUGGCUCAGGUCCGCCGGGAACACAUCCGAGAGCUCAACACUUACAUCUUCCCCACACAGGAGGAGAAGCAGGGCAGCAGAGACCCUGCGGAUGUGGUGGCAGAUAGUGACCUCACGUUGACCUCCAGCACGGUGAACGAAUUGGCUGAAGCUCGGCGGACCACCUACCUGUCCGGCCGCUGGAUUUGGGAUGACCAGAAUGGUGAAACCAGCAUCAGCAUCACCGGGCCGCCUGUUACGUUGCCGAGCAACGGAGACUGCUCUGCCUACUAUAGCUGGGUGGAGGAGAAGAGCAGCAGCCAGGGGCCAGAGUUGGACCACAUCAACCCAGCCCACACCAUCAGCGCCGCGUUGUGCUACGCUACACAGCUAGCUAACAUUCUCUCACACAUCCUUGACGUCAACCUCCCCAAGAAACUCUGCAACAGUGAGUUUUGUGGCGAGAACCUGAGUCGUUACCGUUUCAACAGAGCGCUCAACAAACUCAACACCAACAUUCUCCAUCUCUGCUUCUCCCAGCAUGUUGACAGUGAGAAGCUCCAUCUCCAUCACACCUUGAGGAACAUCAUGUUCUUGGUCUCACCCGACAACAAGAACCUGGGCAGAACUGGUCCGUUUGAGGUGAAUGCUGAUCUGGAGGAGUCCAUGGAGUUUGUGGAGCCAGAGGCGGCCAGUCCAACCCAGGAGAGUGGUGAUGAGGUGGUCUCAGAUGAGGAGACGGACCUGGGGACGGACUGGGAGACGGUACCGAGUCCCCGCUUCUGUGACAUCCCAUCCCAGUCCAUGGAUCUCUCUCAGAGUGCGGCCAUGCAGGUUUCUCAGCCAGGAGCCAAUGCGGGGGGGAUGAUCUCCUCUGCUGCAGCCUCUGUCACGUCCUGGUUUCGGGCUUACACCGGCCAGCGUUGACGCUUGACCCAGAGACUGGAUCCGGAGAUUGACAGUCUCAUCUGAUUUGGACCGGCACAAUUAGACCGAACCGGUGUUGACUGAAGUGGACUGAGCAAAACCACAAAGGCAGUGCUUCAGUGGUUCUGAUUAUAGUAUGGGGUCAAAGACCACAGAGAAUCCUAACAUGGACAUAACAUUUGGGAACAGGGAGGUGUGUGUGUGUGUGUGUGUGUGUGUGUGUAUAGCAUACUCUGGCAGCCCAUGCAGCAGGUAAACAGCUGUCACUGGAUGCUGAAUGUUGAGUUGAGUCGGACUGGAAUGGGUGUGAAGAGAUCGGAGUAAAGCCACACCAGAGGACGCCGGCUUGGGUCGUAAAUUCACCGGUAAAGAAAUGCCAAACCGUCUGUGUGGCGCUGGUCUGACCACAGCUAUGCAACCCAACAUUAUACUUCAAAAAUCCUAUUCUCCUCAGCCAGACUGCCUGUCUGUCUCUCUGCCCAUCUCUAUCCAUUUGUCUUUGAACCAGCCGGAGGUUGUGUGUGUUUUUUAGUUGGCAUGACAGAACUUCUGUUCCAGGGACAGGAAGUACCAAAUAACUCAAGCAGGAAAUGGAAAUGACAUGCUGCCAGCAGCCACAGCCAUUGCUGCAAUGACCUUGAACCUCAUCUAGGCCAUGAUCCCAGCCAUCAGCCUGGAUCACAGCAUCCUAAAGACCAGAACCAUAUGGAGGUGGAUCGAGCUGGUUUAGACUGACAGUAGAGCAGCCAGGACCAGGAAGAGAUCUUGAUCUGUGUUUGAUUUGAAUCCAGAUGCAUCCCUACGAGCGGAGACAUGCCUAAAUCCACACUGUGUACAUGAAACGGCGCUGACACUCUGGUUAGUUUGCUUUUGCUGUUUUCAACAGGUUUGCGCUAACCUUCUGUUAGACCGCCGCACCACAAUUUAGAUUUUCUGUUCCUGCGUAAACAUCAGCGUUUCUCCAUCCAGAUCUAGCACAUGUCUCUCUGGAUGAUGUCUAGGUAGAAUUCAGCCUGACUACAUUUUCUCUUGACUUUAAAAGAAGCCUUCAUUUAACAGAACCAAUGUCAGAUCUUCAUCCUGUUAAACAGAGACUGGCUUGGCUAAUUUUAUCAUUACAUCUGUCUGCCAGAGAAGUGUGUUCUGUUCCUGUAGUCUGUAUGUGGACUGGAGAGUCAUUUAAGUGAUUUAAACUUUGUCUUCAGGUCUGGUCUUUAGACAGUAUGGAUUUACAGCUGGACUUUGUUUCAGAUCCUGUUUAUCAUCUCCAGGUUGAAAGCAGGUCUGAACUACAUCUUUACAGAACAGAUUCAAGUGUUUUUCUGGAUCCGUUAAUGCCUGUUUCUACAUGGUUCACAUGAAGACAGAAGCUUCAUCUAAUGCUGUUCCUCACAGUCAGACGGGGUGUCUCCUCUCCAGCUCCUACUGGUCCACAAUCAUCACUUCAUGUGGUUUUGAUUCUGCAGAUCAGGUAUAAAAAAAAACCUAUAUGUCACUCAAAGCAAUAUUUCACAGCUGAGAGAAUAAAAGACCUUCAUCUGGAAACCUCUUGAGUCUGGCCUUCCAAAUCCUGCUCUACAUUCAGUUCAGUUUGUUCCAUUGUGGUUGGGAAACCCAGUCCAGUACUUUCCUGUCGGUAGAACAUUAAUCGAUCCUGUGUUGCCAUAAAAUGCUUGAUUUGAAAUAAAAGCCUGUUUUCAUGCUCUU